GCCGGUUGCUAGGCUGAGCGGGGCCUAGGCCGCGGCGUGUCCGGGGCGCCAUGGCCGCCUCCCCGUCCCCGGCGGCGGGUCCCCCGGACGGACUGUGCGUGCUGUGCUGUGGGGAGCUGGAGGUGGUGGCGCUGGGCCGCUGCGACCACCCGAUCUGCUACCGCUGCUCGGUGCGGAUGCGGGCGCUGUGCGGGGUGCGGUACUGCGCGGUGUGCCGGGAGGAGCUGGGCCAGGUGGUCUUUGGAAGGAAGCUUGCAUCCUUCUCAGCAAUACCAAUCAAUCAGCUGCAGCAUGAGAAGAAAUAUGACAUCUACUUUACUGAUGGAAAAGUUUUUGCACUGUAUAGGAAGCUACUGCAGCAUGAAUGCCCUCUGUGUCCAGAUGUGCGGCCAUUCAACACCAUUGUGGACUUGGAACAGCACAUGAGAAAACAGCAUGAGCUCUUCUGUUGUAAACUGUGUGUUAAACACCUGAAGAUCUUUACACAUGAACGUAAGUGGUAUUCCCGCAAAGACCUCGCUCGACAUCGAAUACAUGGGGACCCAGACGACACAUCUCAUCGUGGGCAUCCACUUUGUAAAUUCUGUGAUGAGCGUUAUUUAGACAACGACGAGUUAUUGAAACACUUGAGACGAGAUCACUAUUUCUGCCACUUUUGUGAUUCAGAUGGUGCUCAGGAAUAUUACAGCGAUUACGAAUACCUUCGCGAACACUUCCGUGAAAAGCAUUUCCUUUGUGAAGAGGGACAGUGCAGUACAGAACAGUUCACUCAUGCUUUCCGUACAGAAAUAGAUUACAAAGCACACAAAACAGCCUGCCACAGCAAAAACAGGGCCGAGGCCAGACAGAACCGACAGAUUGAUCUUCAGUUCAACUAUGCUCCCAGGCACCAACGGAGGAAUGAGAGUGUUGUAGGUGGAGAGGACUAUGAAGAAGUUGACAGAUAUAACAGACAAGGACGACCAGGGAGAUCGGGACUCCGAGGAGGGCAGCAAAACAGAAGAGGGAGCUGGAGAUAUAAGAGGGAAGAAGAGGACCGAGAUAUUGCAGCAGCAGUCAGGGCAUCAGUAGCAGCAAAACGGCAAGAAGAAAAGAAACAAGUCGAGGAUAAAGAGGAUAGCAGUCGAGGUAAAAAAGAAGAAUUGAGGGAUCCAGACGUGUCCAACACUAAACGAGUGCCAAAGCCUUCAAAUGAAGCCACAGUUCCAAAAGAAGCAGCUGCUAAUGGUGCUUUAAGCCAAGAUGACUUUCCAGCGAUUGGCUCAGCUGCAGGGCCCCUACAAUGCUCUGCUCAGCCAGCAUCAGUUAAGCUGAAGGAAGAGGAUUUCCCAAGCCUUUCCUCCUCUGCAGCACCCACCAUCGCUUCCGGGGUGUCCUUAACAUACACAGUUGCUGCCAAGAAAACAGCCUUUCAAGAGGAGGACUUUCCGGCUCUGGUGUCCAAAAUGAGGCCUAAUGCUAGAACAGUGUCUAACAUCACAUCUGCAUGGAGCAACAGUUCCAAUAAAAGCGCAGUUAAAGCCGUCACUUCCCUCAGCGUCAGUUCAAACCAUCUGGCCAAAAAAACAGCCCCCUCGAACAGCAAUAAAGGAAGCAGGAAGAGCGGUAAACCCUCCCUGUCAGAUGACGAAGACAGUAGCAGUGGCCUGACGACCCAGGAGAUCAGAAAUACACCGACAAUGUUUGAUGUAUCCUCCUUGCUGGCAGCUUCCACCUCACAGACUUUUACUAAAGUGAGCAAGAAAAAGAAGAUGGGAGUUGAGAAGCAAAGAGCAUCAUCCCCCCAGCAGCCAGAGGAGACCUUGCCUCCUGCAUCAGCUUUGGAAAAACUGGUAGAAGCUGAGCAGAUGCCAAGUGCCCCUGCAAAUCUUCACCUCCUCGACAGAUCCGCAGCUGUCAUGAAUGGUGACUUGGAAAAAUCAGUAGCAAUUUGUAGUGCAUCCAAAGAGCCACCUGGCCUUAAAAAGCCUCCAGGGACUAACCAAUGCCCUUUAUCUCAGGAAGACUUCCCAGCACUCGGGAGCUCGGGACCAUCUAGAAUGCCACCACCAGGCUUUAUCUCUGUGGCGCUAUUAAAGAGUCCCCCUCUACCUCCGGGGCUGUCAGUGCCUGUUAGUAAACCACCUCCAGGUUUUACUGUUAUUCCAUCCACCAAUGUCUCUGAUCCUGUCACUACAUCUCAGAACGAGCCAAAACCCUGUCGAGGAUCUUACCUGAUACCCGAACAUUUUCAACAAAGGAACAUUCAGUUAAUACAGUCUAUAAAGGACUUUCUUCAAAGUGAUGAGUCUAGAUUCAAUAAAUUUAAAACUCAUUCUGGACAGUUCAGACAGGGGCUAAUUUCUGCGGCAGAAUAUUACCAAAGCUGCCGAGAGCUGCUUGGAGAGAACUUCAUGAAAAUCUUUAAUGAGUUAUUGGUGUUGUUGCCAGACGCAGCUAAGCAGCAGGAACUGCUUUCUGCUCACAAUGACUUCAGAAUCAAGGAGAAACAAGGCUCAAACAAACCCAAAAAGAACAAAAAGAAUGUCUGGCAAGUGGACUCUGCUUCUGCCCUGGACUGCUGCAUCUGCCCGACGUGUCAGCAAGUGCUGACUCAGCAGGACAUAGCCUCUCACAAAGCUUUGCAUAUUGAGGAUGAAGAAUUCCCUUCCUUACAAGCAAUCAGCAGAAUCAUCACUUAGCUUUCACAAAGACCAAUAAAAUAGUCUCAAUUUUAAACGUGCACUUUUUGGAAUGAGGUUUGACAGUGUAGUGCAGCCAACUGUGAGGGUCAGUUGAGUAGUCUUAUGCAGGUUAGCAUUGGGAGGUUCAGUGCAGCCCUGCUUAAAAGUGCUGUGUAAAGGGAUCACUGGACUACACCUGUAUCUAAUUAACACCCAAAAUGUUAGCUUUGUAAACACCUGAUUAGAAACAUGCUAACUUUGCAGGACGCUACAGUUAAAAGGUGGAAAUCUAUCAUUGCUAUUGGUGGAAACAGCUCUACAGUGGUUUCCUUAAUAUUCUGGUUACAGCUAAUAUUCUAUUUUUGUGGCCACAAAGAGAGGGAGGUAAUUGGUGCAGAGUUAGGAAGAGAGAUGGAAGCUGCGACAUUGGUGAAUAAGACCAUUAAAAUGUAUGCUGUAAACACCUCGCCGUUUAUAUAGCAAAGAAUAUUCCUGGCUGAAAGCUAAAAUACUACUACUACUACUACUACUUGAAUUGGACUGAUCUUUCUCUGUGGUUAGUUGAACCUGGAAUUUGAAGUUGCCUCUGACUUUCUAUGUAAUCGUGUUCUUUAAAGAAACUUAUUUUGUAGGACUGCAUGUAGUAAAGUAGUGUUCAAAGCUUUAUUCUCUUCAAAGGGCAUUUGGUUCACCAUAAUUUUAUUUAACAACUGCCAUGUUUGAUUUCUUGGAUGUGUUACUUGUGUUAGCACAAAACAGACAGCAAAUUGGAACAGGAAAUGCUACUGGUCGCUGAGCAUUCUGUUGCUCUGCAGUGCCUUUAAGUGCAUUUAUCUGUUGACAGUGGUCUGCACUGAAGAGGACAAGAUGUUAAGAACUGUAGGAGUGUUUUACUUCCUGGGACU